CUUUCCCAGUCCUAUAAGUUGCAAAUUUCAUAUUCUUGAGGAAGAAGAAGAAGAAGAUAAGAAAACAAAAAUGGUGGCGGCGAAUCUGAAGGCGGAGACUUUGGGUCUGAUGGAGAAGAGGAGUGCUUUGGAGGCGGAGAUGAAUGCCAUCAUCGAGCGUCUUACUCAGCCCGGCGGCCCUGGACUUUCCGGCAACCUCCUUAACUUCGAGGGGUUUCCUCGCGAGGACAUUGACAUCCCAGCUGUGCGAGCUGAACGGCGUCGUCUUGCUGAACUGAAAAAUGAUUACAAAGAGAUUACGGAGAAAUUGGACCGAAAUAUACAAGUUUUGCAUUCGGCAAAGCUUGCUCCAAAAUCAUCAUCCCUCAAACCAUCAGAUGGUCAGAGUGGUUCAGUUGUCAGUGUUGGAGAAUCGGCAUCUUCAACCAAUGUUUCUUCGAAUGCGAUGGAUGUGGAUGUGAGCGUACCUUUUGCAUUGGUUGAUGAGAUAGCUGAUGCAUCACCAGCAGCAGAGGAUGGUUUACAGCUUGGAGAUCAGAUUGUGAAAUUUGGCAAUGUAGAAAAUGGUGACAAUUUGUUGCAGAAACUUGCUUCUGAGGCUCAAACGAAUCAGGGUUGUGCUGUACCUGUUAUGGUCUUAAGGCAAGGUGCCCAAGUCAACUUAAUGGUGACACCUAGAACAUGGCAAGGCAGGGGUCUGCUGGGGUGUCAUUUCCAGAUCUUGUAAGCAGUUUGGUUUCCGGCUGAAGCCAGAAGACUCUAAGACAGUUAUUUUCUUUUGAGUUUUGAUCAUGUUUAGUCCCAAAAUGUAGCCCAAUUUAGGCUUGUUCCAAUUAGCAGUUUCUUCCUUUUGGGCAUCUAUGUAUCUGAUGUAAUGUAGUUUGGUAUAUACAGAAGUCCUGAGAUUAUUUGCCUAUUUUAGCAAGUAUUUGAUGACUUUCUAAUUCAAUCUUGAAGUCCACUUUUCUCA